ACAUAACAAAAAAAUACAAAUCCUGUAUCAAGAACAAAGAAAAAAAUCCAAAAUUAUAACGAGAACAAAGAGAUAUAACUCUUUUUUAGAAGUAGGUACAGCGGCUUUGGUGCAGCAUAAUUAGCACUAUAGGGCAUUGUCAUGAAAGCUCCUCAAAUGACAAGAUUGGAGGAGCAUACGUUGAAGUCUUGAGACAUUUUCUUCACAAUAUUGAACAAAACCACCAAAAGACAAACGUCGUCGCUAAACAAAACCCACAUCAACAUCCAGAAAAACCAUAUCUGAAUGAGAGAGGGAGAAAACCACAAGAUUGGUGAAGGAAAGCAUCAUAUUCAUAUCAGAGGAGAAAACCUAAAAUCUAAUGGGAUUCUGGCACUCAUUGUCAUUGGAUCUUAGUAUAUAUAGAAUAAUUCUAUAAAUAAUUAAAUGAAUGCCUAUUUUACUGACAUGAUCAUAUGCUUCUUGAAGUUAGAAACUACAGUGGAGAGAAAAGAAAGAAAGAAAGGACAGCUUUAAGCUUUUAUUUUAGGGACAUGCACCAGGUCAGGUCAUAUGUUUCUGUUUCAUAAAGCCAUAAAAUUAUAAUGAGAGAGAGAGAGAGAGAAGGAGAUGUGCUUUUAACCCUUAUUGAUAUUGUUAAAGAGGGGAGUGGAGAGAGUGUUAAUGGAGUGGUACUGAUGGUUUUGACGAGGAUGAUUAAUGCUGAAGAAGAGAUGGUGUUCUCAUCAGUAGAACAAAAGGGAGUAACUGCACCAGCGCCAUUCUUGAGCAAGACAUACCAACUGGUAGAUGAUCCUCUCACUGACCACAUUGUGUCUUGGGGUCAAGAUCACACCUCUUUUGUUGUUUGGAGAGCUUCUGAAUUUGCUAGAGACGUCCUCCCUAACUACUUCAAGCACAACAACUUCUCAAGCUUUGUUAGGCAGCUUAACACCUAUGGAUUCAAGAAGGUGGUGGCAGAUAGAUGGGAGUUUGCAAAUGAGUAUUUCAAGAAAGGAGAGAAGCACUUACUGUCUGAAAUCCACAGAAGAAAAGCCCCUCAAAAUCACCCCCACCACCACCACCACCAAUGCCAUGAACAUCUUCAAUUUCUUCAACCAAAUCAACAACUUUUUGAUCUGAUUGAUUCUUCUCCACCAUUAACGCCAUCACCAAAAGCUCCAAAACCCAGUACUGAUCAUGAAAUUCUAAUGGCGCUGACUGAAGAUAAUCAACGGCUAAGGAGAAGAAACUACAUGCUAUUAUCACAACUCACACACAUGAAGAGCCUUUACAAUGACACUAUCGACUUCAUUCAAAGCCAAUGCGAACCAGCUGCUUUGACAUCCUAUGAUCAGCAUCACAAAGCUUAUAAUGUUAAACCAGCAGUACCUAAGCUUGUUGAGUUGGGUUCGGAGCGAUUAACCGACCAAGCUAGCCAAAGUAGUGAUGGUUUGAGUAAGUUUGUAAUUGAUGAUGAGCCAUGUGCUAGUCCUGUGAAGCUUUUUGGGGUCCAUCUAAGUGGCAAGAAGAGGCUGCACCCAGAGGUGAUUGAUUAAUUGAUCAUAUACAAAUAUAUAUC